GCGCCUGCGACCGCGCGCAGCUGCGUUACUACGGGGGCCGGAAGGAGCGGAAAACAAACGGCAGCGCGCGGGAGGGCGGCAUGGCUGCUGGCGGAGCGGAUGAUCCGUCCCUAGAGAGGCAUUUCAAAGGCCACAGAGAUGCCAUCACUAGUGUGGACUUCAGUCUCAAUAAGAAACAAUUGGCGAGUGGCUCAAUGGAUUCAUGCCUGAUGAUCUGGAGUAUGAAACCUCAGAUGAGAGCCUAUCGCCUUGUGGGCCACAAAGAUGCAGUGAUGUGUGUCCAGUUUUCCCCUUCUGGCCACCUCGUAGCUUCGGGCUCCAGAGACAAAACUGUCUGCUUAUGGGUUCCCAGUGCCAAAGGAGAAUCUACUGUGUUCAAGGCUCACACAGCAACUGUGAGAAGCGUUCAUUUCUCCAGCGAUGGCCAGUCCUUAGUUACAGCUUCUGAUGAUAAAACAAUCAAAGUGUGGACUGUUCACAGGCAGAAGUUUUUGUUCUCACUCAGUCAACACAUAAAUUGGGUUCGUUGUGCCAGAUUCUCUCCUGAUGGACGACUAAUAGCAUCAGCCAGCGAUGAUAAAACUGUCAAACUGUGGGAUAAAACUAGCAGAGAAUGUAUACAUUCCUUUUGUGAGCAUGGGGGGUUUGCAAAUCACGUGGAGUUUCAUGGCAGUGGUACGUGCAUUGCUGCAGCUGGUACAGAUAACACAGUGAAGGUGUGGGAUGUUAGGAUGAACAGACUCCUCCAACAUUAUCAAGUGCACUCUGCUGCGGUGAACAGUCUGUCCUUUCACCCCUCUGGGAAUUACCUGAUUACUGCUUCCAAUGAUUCAACUCUCAAAAUUCUGGACUUGCUCGAAGGAAGACUUCUGUAUACUCUUCAUGGUCACCAGGGUCCAGCCACCUGCGUAGCAUUCUCCAGAACUGGAGACUUCUUUGCCUCUGGAGGAUCUGAUGAGCAGGUGAUGGUAUGGAAGACUAAUUUCAAUGCAGCAGAUUACGGCGAAGUUCUGAAAUCUCACAAGUCUGGUGCUGAUGUGGAUGGGACCCAUCACAGUCUGCCAUCAGAAAUGGAUUGUGGUGUUCAUCUUAAGAAAACAAAAUCUCAGGAUACUGGUAGGAACCAUGAACGGCCAGAGGAGGAUGUCCAUAUUGCAGAUACCUUGGAGCAUAUUAUAGGACAGCUGGAUGUUCUGACUCAGUUUGCAAAACAGUGCUCACUACGAAUUCAUUGGAAUGAAAAUUACAUGAAAGUAUGAAGCAGACAAGACCUUCCUUGCAACUCUUCCUCAAAUUUGACGUGUUCUGAAGUCCACUGUGUUUGUGCUUUGUUCCACCGCUGUGUGUAGCAGUGUGGUUGGCUCCUAUUAGCUUUGAUAUGCUGCCUGGGGCCUCAGCUAAGAUUUGAGCUGUGUUUGGAAGGAGAAAAGAAGUGUAUUAUGGUGAAUCUUAUGAUGCAAAGCCCUUCCUGACUUUGUCAAGAUGAGGUGUUGCAGUGUGGCUGACAGAGAUGUCUUCAUAGUAGUGCUUGGUGUUGUGCUUUCACCAUGCCUGUGUUUUCACUUCAUCCCUUCCAGCUGUUCCUCUCAUUUCCCAAAUGGUUUUGCAGGAGACGUUUCCUGGCCUAUCAACUGUCCUUAGCCAAACUAUUUCCUUUCUUUACAUUUUAGUUUCCCCAGUAAUAAAAUGGAGAUAAAGAGACCUGCUUUCUUUUGUCAAGCACUUAGUCAUGUGCUUAUGAAAUGUUUAAAGAUUUUUUUAUUUAUAACCUCUAUACAAAUAGCCCAAGUUUGUUUGAAUUACUUCAUUGAAGUCUGAGGUUCUGAACAUCCUUCGUUUUUGACAAGGUAUGUUAUUGAUGGCAGUAAAAAUGCUCAGAAUAUGAAGCUAUUGACUGCUGUUUAUGGGUAUUAAAGCAUUAAAUGUAAUUACUGCCUAUUAUCAGUUAUUCCAGCAUCUUUGGAAUCUAUAAGUGGUUUUCCACAGAUAGCUCUCUUGGUUACCUAAGGAUGGUCCAUUAAAGGAUUUUCAGCAGAGGCUUUUAUUGCUUCCUGGUUAAAAUGUUUUUUCCAUAUACUCUGUCCACAAUGACUUCAGCUUUAGGAGGAGCUAAUAACAACCCCUUUGUGAGGUAACUGGAUUGCACAGAGAAAUUCAGGCCAUAUGUUGAGGUAUGUGCUGCCAGUCUGAGUUGUAAUUCACCUUCGUCACCCCACUGUGCUGCCUUGGAUUGGGACAGUUCCUCACUUGACCCUGGUGCUACAGCUCUGAAAUAGCUCAGAGUAUUUCCUUGAACAUAGCAUUCCCUUGCCCUCUGACAGCACAGCACAUAGCUGGUUUCUCUGCGUGGCUCGGCGGCAGCUUUCCUUUUGUUUUGCAGACAGUUUCCAUCCUGGAGCAGAGGCUGACCCUCACGGAGAACAAGCUGAAGGAGUUUCUGGAGAACCAGCAGAA